CUUUGCUUCAUCUCUCCAACUCACAUUACUACUCUUCAGUCCCAAACAACCAUGUCAUCCCAGCUGGGAUUUGACACACAGUCCCCGCGCUCUGGCACGCCGCAGCCCAACGGUGCCGGGGCGAAUGGAAACCACGAGGGUGCCGACCAUGACGAGGCGACACCAGUCGUGCACCGCGCUUCACUCCCCCGCUCGAGCUCGCCGGUCCAGUUCUCCAGCAGUGCGCACACCGCGCAUCACAGCGCUGGACCGAAGAAGAUUGCUGUGCUGACAUCGGGCGGCGACUCGGCGGGCAUGAACGCUGCGGUGCGCGCCGUCGUCCGCUAUGGCAUUGCUCGCGGCUGCCAGGCGUACAUCAUCCGCGAGGGCUGGGAAGGCCUCGUGCGCGGCAAUGCGACCGAGCCCACGCCGGCGUCGUCGCGCCACCCAUCCAACGUCGCCUCGCCGGCCAUCAACGCUGCGCUCAACCCCCGCAGCGUGGGCUUUGGCCAGAUGAUGUCCAAGCUCUCGCUGGACAAUAGCGACCGCCCCGACGACCCCUUUGGGUCAGCAAGCGCGCAGAAUGCCUGGACGCCGAUGGCAUUCGACUCAAAGGACCCGAACGCGAUCGCCAGACUGUCCGAUGCGCCCCUGUCGUUUGGCUACGGCGGCCUCCUCCGCGACGGGGCGGGCGAGGGCGACCCCGACGAGCUGGCCGCGACGUUUAGCGACCACCCGCCUACGAUUGAGGAUGAGGUCGAUGACAAUGGCCGUUCGCUCAAGGACCGCUACAUUGUCCGCGUGGGCUGGGACGACACGCGCAGCUGGCUCGGCGAGGGCGGCACUCUUAUCGGGUCGUCUCGCUGUCCUUCAUUCCGUACGCGCGAGGGACGUCUCAAGGCCACACACAACUUGAUCAAGUAUGGCAUUGACUGCCUCGCCAUCUGCGGUGGUGACGGCUCGCUCACAGGUGCCGAUGUCCUGCGCGGCGAGUGGCCGGACCUCAUCCGCGAGCUCCACGCAAACGGCACUAUCACCGACGACCAGUUUGAGGAGCACCAGCACCUCAACAUUGUCGGCCUUGUCGGCUCCAUCGACAACGACAUGUCCAUGACGGACCAGACCAUCGGUGCCGACACUGCGCUGCACCGUAUCUGCGAGGCUGUCGACUCUAUUUCGUCCACGGCGUCGUCGCACUCGAGAGCGUUCGUCAUCGAGGUCAUGGGCAGGCACUGCGGCUGGCUGGCUCUGAUGGCAGGUGUCGCCACGGGCGCCGACUUCAUCUUCAUCCCCGAGGACCCGCCCAGCGGCGACUGGGAGGAGGAGCUGUGCGGCGUCCUCCAUCACCACCGCCAGAUCGGUAAGCGCAAGAGCAUUGUCAUUGUCGCCGAGGGCGCGCUCGACGCCAACCUCAAGCCCAUCAAGGGCGACUAUGUCAAGGACAUCCUCACCAAGCGCCUUGGGCUGGACACACGUCUCACCACCCUCGGCCACACGCAGCGCGGCGGCAAGCCGUCGGCCGCUGACCGCAUUCUGGCAACCCUCCAAGGUGUCAAGGCCGUCGAGGCCCUGCUCGAGGCCACGCCCGAAACCCCUUCGUACAUGAUCGGCAUUCAGGAGAACAAGAUCACCAAGGUGCCCCUGCUCGAAGCCGUCGCGCAAACAAAGGCCGUUGCCGAAGCGAUCGAGAACAAGGACUUUGCCAAAGCCAUCUCGUACCGUGAUGCCGACUUUCAGGACAUGCUUGAGGCCUUCAAGAUCAGCAGCUCUCUUUCGCAGGCCGACCACGCUCCCGAGGGUCAGAGACUCCGCCUAGCCAUCAUCCACGUUGGUGCUCCCGCAGGAGGCAUGAAUGCCGCGACACGUCAGGCGGUCAGAUACUGUCUGGCACGUGCGCACACCCCUCUCGGUAUCCACAACGGCUUUGAGGGUCUCCUCGACGACAACAUCACGGAACUCACCUGGCUCCGUGUCGACAACUGGACGACCCGCGGUGGCUCCGAGCUGGGCACGAACCGCACGUUGCCCAAUGUCGACAUGGGCGGUAUCGCCGCUGCGCUGCAGCGUCACAAGAUUGACGGCCUGCUCCUCAUCGGCGGCUUUGAGGCCUUUAGUGCCGUGACCAUGCUGGAGAAGGCGCGCAAGGACUACCCUGCGCUGCACAUCCCCAUCAUUCACAUCCCCGCGACCAUUUCCAACAACGUUCCCUUGACCGACUUCUCGCUGGGCUCUGACACCUCGCUCAACGUCCUCGUUUCGGCGUGCGAUGCCAUCAAGCAGAGUGCGUCGGCAUCGCGCAACCGUGUGUUUGUUGUCGAGACUCAGGGCGGAAUGAGUGGCUACUUGGCAACUCUCGGCGCUCUUGCCGUCGGCGCAGUGCUCGUCUACACUCCAGAAGAGGGAAUCAACCUGCGGACCCUGCUCGAGGACGCCGAGUUCCUCAAGGAACGCUACAAGCUAGACGAGAAGGGACAGCAAGAGGGGCGCCUUGUUGUGCGGUCGGAAAAAUCAUCGAGUGUUUACACGACAGACUUUGUAACCAAGGUUCUCAAAGAGGAGGGCAAGGACCUCUUUGACGCCCGCUCGGCCCAGCUCGGCCACACGCUCCAGGGUCUCGUCCCAUCGCCCCUGGACCGUACGCGCGCGGCUCGCAUGGCCCUCUUGUCGGUCAAGUUCCUCGAGAAGCACGCCCACGCCCGCUCGCAGGACUACACUGGCCGCCGCCGCACGGCCGACCUGCCGCCCACCGACACGGCCGCCAUGAUUGCGGUCAGAGGCUCCAAGAUUCUGUACGCCAAGAUGUCGGACGUCAUUUCGCACACCGACGUCAAGCUGCGCCGCGGCGAAGACGUGUGGUGGUACGACAUCAAGCGCCUGGUCGAGAUCCUUGGCGGCCGCACCGGUCUCGUCACCAGCCUCUUUGCCCAGAGCAAGCGCAAGCGCCCCGUCCGUCACCGCUAUGGCAGUUACCAGAUUGCGGGAGUCAACGACGACUGCCCUGUCCCAAACUUGAACCCGACCCCUAAUGUCUAAGACUGGUGAGCCCACAACGUCAACAACGACUGCUGCUCGGGUCCUGCACCUGUCGUGAGUCCAUAGCCCAACUCCAUGUACUGUAUCACGUGAAUCUACGUCCCUCGCUGUCAUUGCUCCAAGGGCUCUUUUGCCCCCCAGCAGUAAAGUUCCUGCACCAACCUAACCUUGUGCUAUUGCCACUUCCCCCCUAUGACGUCGCCAGGCUUAGCUGAUUAGGGUCCUGACCGCCUCCGGGGUCAACAGAGUGGAGGGCAGGAUGCCAAGGAGAGACAUUGG